ACUUUUUUCCCCUCCCUGCAGGUGAGUAUAUCAAGAACUGGCGACCACGCUACUUUCUGCUGAAGACAGACGGCUCUUUCAUCGGCUACAAGGACAAACCACAGGACUCUGACCUGGCCUACCCGCUCAACAACUUCUCUGUAGCAAAAUGUCAGCUGAUGAAGACAGAGCGGCCCAAGCCGAACACCUUCAUCAUCCGCUGUCUGCAGUGGACCACUGUCAUCGAGAGGACUUUUCACGUAGACACUCCUGAUGAGAGGGACGAAUGGGCAGAGGCCAUCCAGAUGGUAGCUGAGUCUCUGGCCAAACAGGAGGAGGAGGGCAUCCUGUGCAGCCCCACCUCCCAGAUCGAGAACGUCAACGAGGAGGAGAUGGACACCUCCAUCAGCCACUACAAACGAAAGACAAUGAAUGACUUUGACUAUCUGAAGCUUCUGGGCAAAGGCACUUUUGGGAAAGUCAUUCUGGUGAGGGAGAAGGCGAGUGGUACCUACUACGCCAUGAAGAUCCUAAAGAAGGAAGUCAUCAUAGCCAAGGAUGAAGUUGCUCACACACUCACAGAAAGUAGGGUAUUAAAAAACACUCGGCAUCCAUUCCUAACUUCUCUGAAGUACUCGUUCCAGACGAAAGAUCGGCUGUGCUUUGUAAUGGAGUACGUCAACGGAGGAGAGCUGUUUUUCCAUUUGUCAAGAGAAAGAGUCUUUUCGGAGGACCGCACCCGUUUCUAUGGCGCUGAGAUCGUCUCUGCUCUAGACUACCUACAUUCUGCCAAGAUUGUCUAUCGGGAUCUGAAGCUGGAGAACCUCAUGUUGGACAAAGACGGCCACAUCAAGAUCACAGACUUUGGCCUCUGCAAAGAAGGCAUCACCGACACUGCCACCAUGAAGACCUUCUGUGGAACACCAGAGUACCUCGCUCCUGAGGUGCUGGAGGACAACGACUACGGGCGGGCGGUGGACUGGUGGGGUUUGGGUGUGGUGACGUAUGAGAUGAUGUGCGGCCGCCUGCCGUUCUACAACCAGGACCAUGAGAAGCUGUUCGAGCUCAUCCUCAUGGAGGAGAUCAAGUUCCCACGAACCCUGUCGGCCGACGCCAAGUCGCUGCUGUCAGGGCUGCUCAUCAAGGACCCCAACAAACGGCUGGGCGGCGGACCAGAUGACGCUAAGGAGAUCAUGCGACACAGUUUCUUUGGCACAAUCGACUGGCAGGACGUCUACGACAAGAAGCUGGUCCCACCUUUCCAGCCCCAGGUCAGCUCAGAGACGGACACGCGCUACUUCGACGAGGAGUUCACAGCACAGACCAUCACCAUCACUCCGCCGGAAAAAUACGACGAGGACGGGAUGGACGCGGCGGACAACGAGCGAAGGCCUCAUUUCCCACAGUUCUCCUACUCAGCCAGCGGGCGGGAGUGAGCGCUCGGGGCCCAGCCAGCCAGUAUCGUACCCAUUCGUGGCCAUUUUGAGGAAAACACGUAGCCAUUUUAGGGAAAAAAAAUACCAGUCUCCCCUCUUUUUCUCCUUCUCUGCCUCCUCACAGAUGGGGAGAAGUCUUUUUAGGGACUUUAAAAGAGGUUUUUGCACAGUGGGAUAGACUCCAGCCGGUCUCCCCACACUAAAAAAUAAGUCUCCUACAUUUUCAGCGCUAUUUACUGCAGAAGGCAAUGUUUUUGUUAUUUAUUUUUUUCUCUUUGUCAGUAUUAAGUUGUCGACCCGGGUUGCGUUCAUCUUUAUUUUUUGUUUGAUGUUCUGCCCUUUUUCUUUUUGACUUUUUGCACUUGGUUUGGAAGAGCCGUUUUAGGGAACAAAAAACCAAAAAUGUUGCCUUACGUGUGCAGAUGUUUCGUAUCAUACCGACAGGGUGAUUUUUGUUUGUUUGUUUGUUUUGGGAGAGGGCGGGCGGUUUUCGGGGUUGAGAAUAAGUGCAUGGCUCGUGGAUCACUCAAAAAAAAAAAAAAAAAAACACCUACAAAAAUGUUUUCUCUCUCAUACAUUUGCCAUGGCAGCGCACAUUCCCCAAUCCCAUGGCAAUGAAGAUCACCGUCUACAGGUCAACAAAAAACAAGCAAAAGAAAGACGAGCGAGGACGAGUCUGUAUCAUUCCUUUCAUUGUUGCAGUGUUACUACUUUGCUGUUGUAUUUUUUCAACCCAUGUUUUUUUCUCGCACUCUACUUCUAAGUUGUUCUUUUACUUUGAAACAGGAAACACUAAACUGCCAGAAACUGCACAGUUCACUCAGGCGCCACAGAGCACAACCGCGUUCAAACUCAGCUAACCGCUCCAGCUUUCCACAGCCGGCAGGGGAACGAGGCCUUUCUCUGCUUUCUCACCGCUCCUCCUCCUCCUCUUCACCUCCUCACCUCCGCUCUUCUGUUUCCUCAUCGUAGCUGUAGGACUAGUGGAAUGGGUGUUUACACAGGGACAUGUGGCUUAAUGUAUGUAUGUACUGUAUGUAUGCGGGACAAGGGGGUUAACCAUAUGCUGUCAUAGCACACACACACACACACACACACACACAUAUAUUCACACUCAGAAACAGGAAACAGCUGUGAGUUCUGCGUACUGAUCAGACUGAAGUCGACAGUUUACUCCACACAAAAUCAAAUUAGUUGUUUUCUUAAACGAACAGAAUAUCAGAACGCCAAGUGUGUUUGUGAAACAGCAACAGUUGAUGUCAGGUGAAGAACCGCACAGUAAAUGUGUUUAUCCACUCCAUUUCACAAGUGUUUUUCUUAAUUGUAAACUAAAUCCACAUCAGUCACUCAGCAGCUCGAGUUCUUCUAAUUGCAAAUAAAUAAAAGGAGGAAUGUUAACCCUCCAUUUUCCUCCUACUAAAAAAACUCUCAGUAUCAGUGAUAUUUCUGGAAAAUAGGAGGUUAAGUGGAGCAGUAGCAGCUGAAACAACCUAAUAAAUCAUGUCAUAACUAUGAGCAUGUUAAAGGAGUAGUUUAAAACUAAACUAAUCCACUAAACCAGAAUGUAAUUUUUCUUGUAGUUUCAGUUAAGUUUCGCCUCCUCUACGAGGCUUACUGCUAAAAACCUUUUGGUAUCCUGGCAGCGUUUGUAUUUAUAACUAAAUCAGAGGGGUUAGGGUUGGGACUGAUGGUUGUGUUCGUGCAGUAAGAUUACGCAGCGCUUAAGUGAUAUGAGUUUGGAAUCAUGGUGGGAUUUCCUCAAAACAAGAAUAUUUUCUCAUAACAGGAAAUAAACACUAAAUAUGAGAGUAGAGGCCUCCACGGGUCCAUUUAGAACCCCAGUGGGUCCAAAGGAUUUAGUCUAAUCAGGUCAGUUACAGUCCUGUUGCACAGCAUUGCAGCAUUUUGGAUGACAUAUAUAAUAUGUGCACUUGUGGAUUUAGGUGGGUUUACCACAGGUCUGCUUUGGUUUCAGUUUAGUAGUGAGCCUGUAGACCAGACUACAAUCCCUGGCAGCAACACAUCCUGCUUGUAUUUACAACUACAAGCACAAUCUUAGUGAGUCCCGGCCUCUAGUGGUCUGAGAGGUGCACAACACUUGGACAACCCUGAAAAACCUUUGAUUCAUUCAGAGGUUGGUACCGAACACAAUGAACUCACUGCGUGGAUCAAAGUUUAAUGUGACUUUUUCGGCCAUUUCACCUGUGAAAACACAUUUGUUUUGUUUCUGGAAAAUACUGCCGACUUCAGCUGCUCUGCAGAAAUCAGCUCACACUCUUCAGGGUUCCUGCACACAUCUGGAAAGGUUCAGAGGAAGAAUUUGGUGAUUUCCAGGUCUUAAAAGCUAUUUGCAAUUGCUACAGAUUUUGGAAAAUUGUUUGUUUUCUGCUGCCCUGUCAUCUCAUACUCUUGAAGUUCAUGUGUAAAAGUGAUGAAAUAGGUCAGAGACAUGAAACAUAUCGAAGAGCAAGAGUCUUGUGAUACUUUUGGACAACUUUGGACCUUUGGGCAACUGUGUGGGAACCCUGACAGCAUACACAAGGCUUUCAUUCAUGUUCACACACAAAUACAACAGAUAAAAACAAAGACUGUUUUUAGACGAUAAAUCAGAGUGAAGAUUUAAUUUAUCACACAGACACUAACAGAAACGAGGCUUCUAGCUCCAGAUGCAGGGGUUCUGUUCCCCGUGUAUCCUGUUGGUAUUGUGGGGGGAAAAAAAAAACUUUAUUUAUACACACGUAUAUGUUUCUAGAUCUGAACUGAGGGUAUCAAUAAAUCACUAAUCAUGUCACAGUUCACGAGAAAAACUGAGCCAUGAGACACUCAUGUAUGAAGACUGUGAGGACUGCCAGUAAAAAAGUCGCCCCCAAACUUGUUGAUGUAAAUAUGCAAUGCCUUUUUAUUUUUAUUUUUAUUUUUAUUUUUUUGGGAUCUUUAGUGGCAUCUUGACGGACGAGACAUAAACUUUUUCCUUUACCCGUGUGACUGUACUUCAAGCUUGCUGAUGAGAAUAACAACAACAACCACGAUUCAAAAACUGCAUUUAAAAAGAAGAAAUAAUUUUAAAAAAGACAGCGUCAAAGACUGGACCCUUCCAUUUAUAUAUAUAUUUUUUUCUGUGUUGAUACACGGACUCGACUAGUUAUCGUCCACGGAGGGUGUUUCCAUGAAGACAACCCCCCCUCCCCCCUGCCUUCCUUUUGUCGCCAUGGACCCCAAAAUGGAUCGACUCCCAAAUUUCUGAGGACAUGACUGUAACUGUGGAGCCUGCACUGUCGUUUGUUUCCCUUCACCCUUUAAAAAAAUAAAAUAAAAAAAAAUAAAAAUAGGACAAAAAUAUAAAAAGUGGGACCGUGGCUGACAUUUUUUACUUUUUUUCUUUUGCAGUGCUGGUUUCAUCAGGUUGUUCCAAUCCCAUCAUCCCUUGCUCCUCCUUUUUUUUGUACCAUAGUAUUUGUUUUAUUUAUGUUUGUCAUUCUAGGCAGUGUUUCCUUGUAUGUCGUUAAAAAAAGGCACCUCUUGAAAGUCGUUGAAGGAUGAUGAUGAUGGAUGCAUUAACUGAAGUCUCUUUUUAUUCUUUUUUGGAUCGUUUGCUUGUUUGUUUUCUUACCAAAACAUUAGGGCAAGAACCCAGUAGUGGACUUGCAUUGGCGUGGUAGUAUUUAUUUUGAAUUAAAUUAAAAGAAAUACAUUUCAGGGU